GAGAUUUUGGAUACACCGACAGUGCGCUUUUUCGUAGAAAACUUCCAGGAGAGGAAAAAAGAGAGAAGCGGGGGAUGUAUCCCACUUUUAGAAAACAACAAUAAUAAUAUCACAACUAGGGGAAUUAUACUGCCUGUUUAUUUUUAGUACAGAAGAAACGAAACAUGGAGAAAAAAUAUCGGAACUGGAGGCGCGUUGUGCGCUUUUAAGGAGAACCAACACUAGUGUUUGGAGCGGAGAGAUAUUCGUAAUGAGAGUGGAAAACCUUGUUUAGCCGGCAGCUCCUGCCCCAGAGGUUGUUUCUUUGAUGACACAACGAUUUGUAACCUUUGUUUUCAAAACAAAGGUUGGCGUUAUGAUUUCUCGUCGCUUGGCCGGGGCAGAGGCGAACUCCGACAAAGUGGACUUAUUCCCCCUUUUUGAAAGCUAAUCUGCAGAAUGUGGAUUUGAUGAGGACAUUUUGACGAGUUGGAGGUCUGCGCUAGCCAGCACUUCGCAGCUGCAGGGUUUGGAUAACUUCAGUUUACACAAUCCUAAGAAAUCAUGUUGAGGAGAAGGCUCUUAAUUUACUCUGUAAUUAGCUGUUUGGUUUUGGAAGUUCUGAUCGGCGGAGUUAAAGGUCUCAAUAUUUGCGCCGGAGGAAGCGCUACCUCCUGUGAAGAAUGCCUGCUCAUCCAUCCUAGCUGUGCCUGGUGCGCUCAGGAGGAAUUCGGGAGGGCGAUGACGGUCGCGUCCCGCUGCGACUUCAGCCAGAACCUGCUGGGGAGGGGCUGCGGGAGGGGCUUCAUCGAGAGUCCCAGGAGCAGCAUGAUGGUCCUGCAGAACAAGCCCUUAAGUUCCAAAGGCUCCGGACCCACCCAGUAUGAUGUCAUUCAGAUAAUGCCGCAGAAGAUAGCCCUGAACCUGCGGCCUGGUGACCAGGUGUCCCUGGAGGUGCAGGUGCGUCAGGUGGAGGACUACCCAGUGGACUUGUACUACUUGAUGGACCUCUCUCUCUCCAUGAAGGACGACUUGGACAACAUCCGCAACCUGGGGACCAAACUGGCAGAGGAGAUGAAAAAGCUCACCAGCAACUUUCGCCUGGGAUUUGGAUCUUUUGUAGAUAAAAAUAUUUCUCCCUUCUCCUACACAGCGCCCAAAUACCAGGACAACCCAUGCAAUGGGUACAAGCUGUUUCCGAACUGUGUUCCUUCCUUCGGUUUCCGCCACCUCCUCUCCCUGACCGACAAAGUGAACAGGUUCAACGAGGAGGUCAAGAAACAGGUGGUUUCUCGGAACCGCGACGCGCCGGAGGGAGGCUUCGAUGCCAUUCUGCAGGCUGCUGUGUGCAAGGAAAAGAUUGGCUGGAGGAAGGAAGCUUUCCACUUGCUGGUCUUUGCCACGGAUGACGUUCCUCACCUCGCUCUGGAUGGCCGGCUGGGCGGACUGGUGCAGCCCCACGACGGGCAGUGCCACCUGAAUGAAAAGAACGAGUACAGUGCCUCCACAAAGAUGGAUUAUCCAUCUCUUGCACUCCUGGGAGAAAAGCUGGCAGAAAACAACAUCUAUCUCAUCUUCGCUGUGACAAAGAGGCUAUAUGUGAUUUACAAGAAUUUCACUGCACUGAUACCAGGUACAACUGUUGAAAUCCUCGACAUGGACUCAAAGAACAUUAUACAACUGAUCAUUAAUGCUUACAAUAACAUCCGGUCGAAAGUGGAGCUGACCGUCUGGGAUCACCCAGAAGACAUCAGUCUGGCGUUCACUGCGACCUGUCAGGACGGCCAGCCCUUGCCCGGCCUCCGGAAAUGUGCUGACCUCAAGAUUGGAGACACAGUGUCUUUCAACGUGACGGUGGACGCGCGAGGCUGCCCUGCCGCGGAGGCCCAGCGGAGGUUCACCAUCAAGCCCGUGGGCUUCAAGGACACGCUGGAGCUGACCGUGGACUACAGCUGCUCCUGUGGCUGCACGGGCCUCACGGAGACCAACAGCAGCAGGUGCAGCGGCGCCGGCACCUACGCGUGCGGCACCUGCAGGUGCGAGCCCGGGUACCUGGGGGCGCAGUGCGAGUGCCAGGAGGGGGGGGCGGCUCACCUGCACCAGACCAUGUGCCGAGAAGCCAAGGGGAAGCAGAUCUGCAGCGGCAGGGGAGAAUGUAGCUGCAACCAGUGCCUCUGCUACAACAGCGCCUUUGGGAAGAUCUAUGGCACCUUCUGCGAGUGUGAUGACUUCUCCUGCGCCCGGCACAAAGGCAUACUUUGCUCAGGUCACGGGGAGUGCUUCUGCGGGGAGUGCAAGUGCCACGCGGGCUACAUCGGCGACAACUGCAACUGCUCGACGGAGACGGACUCGUGCCUGUCGGACGCGGGGCAGAUCUGCAGCGGCAGGGGGAGCUGCGUCUGCGGGAAGUGCCAGUGCAGCGAGCCGGGGGCCUUCGGGGACGCGUGCGAAAAGUGCCCCACCUGCCCCGACGCCUGCGGCACGAAACGGGAGUGCAUUGAGUGCCGCCUGUUUAACUCUGGAAGACUUGCUGACAACCAGACCUGUGAAAGGGUAUGCAAGGAUAAGAUCACGACUGUAGACACUCUUGAAACGGAAAACCCAAAUGCAGUACUUUGCCUGUAUAAAACUGAAAAUGACUGUGUUAUGAAGUUCACGUACUCUGAACAUGCCAGCGGCCAUUCAAUCCUGGAAGCACUGAAGGAGCCAGAGUGUGGUGCUGCUCCCGAUGCCCUGACUGUGCUGCUGGCUGUCGUUGGAAGCAUCCUACUGGUUGGCCUUGGGCUGCUGGUGAUCUGGAAGCUGGUUAUCACGAUCCAUGACCGGAUGGAGUUUGCAAGGUUUCAGAGUGCCCGCUCCAGGGCCAGAUAUGAAAUGGCUUCCAACCCUCUGUACAAGCAGCCGAUCUCUAGCCACACAGUGGAGACCGUGUUCAACAUGCGGAGCAGGUUCUGCAAUGGAGCAGUCCACUGAUGCCUUGGGACGAGGGGAGAAAAGCCACGAGCCUGGAUUAACAAGAAGGCGAUGGCAGUGCAAUAUUGACCAGCAGAUGCAUUAAUCUGCACAUGGAGAUCCACUGAGCAAUGAGAAAUCAAGAACUUCUGUUGCCCACAAAAUGAGAACUUGCGACUUACGAGCAAUUUUCCACAGUGACAAUUUAAGUGGUGACCAGCGAGACACUUAAUGACUGUUUUAGUUUCAGCAGCAGAUGAUUGCUGUUUGCUGUGCUGCCUUCCUAUAGCCAGCUAGACCAGAAUGGGGAACGAGAGUUCAAGCGAUGGACUUACUUGGUGAUAUGUGGGGAAAACCGCACAUGUGUAUGAGAUUUUCAUAAAACGUCUUCACAUUUUUAAAUAACAGGAUUGUUGACUGAACUGUGGGGGAGCACAUUCACUGCUAAUAGCAGUAUUAAUUCUCUUGCCAAUUAUACAUCAAAUGUAACUUUAAAUACACUUUGGAAUUAAUAUGACUUGUACAGUUAUUUUGUAUAUAUAUUUUUUUAGCUUUGAUGACGCCGUCCCAUGCAAGAGGACAAAAACUUUGCAUUUUUCCUUAACAAAAAAUUGCAUGCAAACACCUUAACACCAGAAACCCUGAAGUUUGAUAGACCUAUAAAAAGGCUAUCCUUUAUAUUGCUGCUUUUGCCAGCAUUAUGGUACUAAUGUAGAGAAUUUCUCAUUCUGACUUUGUUUUGCACACUAUGAUAUCAAGAAGGAAUCUGUGGUUAAAGCAGUGAGGGCUUUUACUUCAGUAUUUUAGACAAGAAGUUCAAUAUGUGUUUUGUUUAAUUGGUAACCUGCUGUGCUCUGUAUGAUUCACUUUUCUUAAUUGUGCUUUGUGUACAUUAUACAUAAAAUGUAUACAUUAUACAUUUCUGAUUUCUGAAAUCAGAAAGCGGCAGUGUGGGACAUGGACUUGUUGUCACAAGGUUGGUUAUAUGACGUUGCCAAUGUCCUGGAGCAGAGCCCUAUGCUUUUUAAAAAAAAUAAGUGCAAUUGAUAAUUAAGUUGGGAUAAUGAGUCAAGAAAAUUGCUUGGAACAUGCAAAAUAUAAGAUAUCCAUAAAUUCAGAGAUGAAAUUGUGGGGAAAAUGCAGACAAUAUAAAGUGUUUAAUACGAAUACUUGCGGCACAAAGAUUUUAAUCUUUGGAGUAUGGCUUAAUGAUUGAUGUGGUAUUGUGCGUGUAAGUGCGCGCAUGUUCACCCUGCCAAACGCACUGAACGUCGGAUAUUAAAAAUACCUGCAGCAUUGCCUUAUCUCUGCCUUAUCUCUGCCUGGGUGUCUUCCUGCAUUGCUGGGAACCAGCUUAGUAAUGGAGUGUCAUAGUGCAAGAUCCUUUCUUCCAAACAUAAACCCUUCUUUUGCUUUGCUUUAUUACUGACAUAUUGGGGAUGUAGUCUGUUGAUAAGGCGCUAUAAAAGACCCUUUUGUGUUUAAAGUUAAAAUGCGGAGCUGAUGUAUUACCUUUUAUUAAAUGAUGUUGCUCUUAAGUAUGGUGUGCAGACCUUCUAUGGAAAAUGAAGUUCAGUUAUGGUUCAAAGAAUUAAAUGAAAAUACAGAAAGCUC